ACUACUUUUUCUCCCUGGCGCUGCGCAUGCGCAGUAGGGUUGAGUGGGAGUGCGGCGAGAGGCACGGGCACGUACGGCCUUUGAUAGCAAAGGCGGUGCUGCGUCCUGGGGUGAAAUCGCUGCGCGCAGUAGGACCGCGAGGGGAGCCGUGGUCGCCAUUUUGAAGCGGUUGUUGGGGGAGGCGGCGUGCGUGCGCUCCCGUGUGCCCGGCUCGGCCCCCGCGCUCGCCGACCCGUCCGCUCGCUGAGCUCCGGCUCUCCACCGCCGCAGCCAUUGCUGACCUUGCCAUGUCCGGAGGGGGCGUGAUCCGCGGCCCAGCCGGCAACAACGACUGCCGCAUCUACGUGGGGAACCUGCCCCCCGACAUCCGCACCAAGGACAUCGAGGACGUGUUCUACAAGUACGGCGCCAUCCGCGACAUCGACCUCAAGAACCGCCGCGGCGGGCCGCCCUUCGCCUUCGUGGAGUUCGAGGACCCCAGGGACGCGGAGGACGCCGUCUACGGGCGGGACGGCUACGAUUACGAUGGGUAUCGCCUCCGCGUGGAGUUCCCUCGGAGCGGCCGGGGCACCGGCAGAGGCGGCGGCGGCGGCGGAGGGGGUGGCGCCCCCCGGGGCAGGUAUGGCCCCCCGUCUCGGCGCUCGGAGUACAGAGUAAUCGUCUCAGGGCUGCCUCCAAGUGGAAGUUGGCAGGAUUUAAAGGAUCACAUGCGUGAAGCAGGUGAUGUAUGUUAUGCUGAUGUUUUCCGAGAUGGCACUGGUGUCGUGGAGUUUGUACGGAAGGAAGAUAUGACCUACGCUGUGCGAAAACUGGAUAACACUAAAUUUAGAUCUCAUGAGGGAGAAACUGCCUACAUCCGUGUUAAAGUUGAUGGCCCAAGAAGUCCAAGCUAUGGAAGAUCUCGGUCACGCAGCCGUAGUCGUAGCAGGAGCCGUAGUCGAAGCAACAGCAGAAGCCGCAGUUAUUCCCCAAGAAGAAGCAGAGGAUCUCCACGCUACUCUCCCCGUCACAGCAGAUCCCGUUCUCGUACAUAAAUGAUCACUAGCAAUGAUCUUUUUGUAGAACCCCAUGUUGUACACAGUUUUCCUUUACUCAGUACAGUCUUUCAUUUUUUUUUAAUUCAAACUGUUUUAUUCAAAUUGGCUGAAGUGUUGAAUUGCAUUCUUGUGUAAAAUCCCUAGUGAGUAUUUGCUCCUUAACAUCGACAUUCCCCUCAUGUCUUUGGUAAAUUGUAUUUUAAUUGAUGUCAGUCAGGAUUGUUUCAAUUUAGUUAUAGUUAAAUACCAACAUUCUUCAAACUGUGGUAUUGCUGUGUAAAUGUCUCAGUGUUCGGCUAUGGUUUAUACAAGCUGGGGAUGUUGGGAUGUUUGUGGCUAACUUGUCUCUUCUGGGGGAUCUUAUAUUUUAUCUUGCCUUUUCGUGUGUCUUUCUGUAGACAUAUCUGAAGAGAUGGAUUAAGAAUGCUUUGGAUUAAAGGA